AUGUGCCAAUCCAUAACAAUAAUCCUUUCAGUGUUGAUGGCCUACGCUAAUGGUCGGUAUUUAAAACAAGAUGAUUACAGAAGCCCGUAUCUAUUUGUUGAAGAUGGUCGCAACAUCAGAGCCUACGAUUUAGAAGAAGCUUUGUCGCAAGAUCCGCACGACAGACAUGGCGCAAGUUUAACUGGACAGCAUAAACCAGGCUUUGCAGAUCAAUUGACUGCGGCCGGGAAGUAUAAUCUGCUUCACGAAGAUAAACAUGAUAUUUCUGCUCAAGCUUUUGCAACGAGAACCUUUCCCAGCAAUCCCAACAUUCCCAAUUAUGAUACAUACGGUGGCAUGAUUGGGUACACAUACGACGAUAAACAUGUCGUAAGUUUGGGUGGACAGCAUAUACCUGACCUUGGAUAUCAAUUUACUGCGGCUGGGAAGUUCAAUUUGCUGCACAACGAUGAACAUGAUAUUACUGCUCAAGCUUUUGCAACGAGAAUCUUUCCCAGCAAUCCCAACAUUCCCAACUUCGAUAUAUACAGUGUCAAAGUUUGA